AUGGCAGGUGAUAAGAUUGUUGAUUGUACGCAGAACGGUAACAACGAGAAAAUAAGCGAGAAUGGUGAUUUGAGUCCUAGUUUAAAUUUAGAAGAUGAUUUUGUCGAAUCGAUCGAAUACGUCCCCUGUCCCGAAUUUCAAUUCUCGACAACUGCAUGUUAUAUUUGUAAUGGAUAUUAUGGACCAUGUUUCGAGGAACCAGUCUGUGCAACAUGUCAUGCAUUUCUAUUUCCUAAUGAUGUUGAUCUACUCCAGAUGCCAAUUUUUAGUGAGAAAACAGAUGAUGAAGAUUCAGGAAAUGAUGAACCAACUGAUCUAUAUUAUAAUCAUGAGAGAAGGACUAGUCAACAACAGCAGAAUUCUCCACAGAGUGUCAAUCCUAAUAUCCCAAACGCACAACAGAAUCCAUUCCAUAAUGCAAAUGUUUCACGUAGAUGUUAUCCGCAAUAUCAAAAUGCGACGCCUCAGUGCAAUUAUCACAUGCUCCAAAGCAAUUCAAAUAGCAAUUCAAAUAGCAAUUCUGUUGACAUAUGCAUAAUAGGAUCUACGCGAAAUGCUUUGGCAUCGUGCAAUGUGAAUCUCGACCUACAGAACAUGGUCUGCCGAACCAGAGUUGACUGCCAUCAGAACUGUGCCAACAGAAACGAUCAACAUGUACACAAUAGGGUAGAGGAAAAUUUACGGAGUAUGCCAGAGAUGGUUGCACUGAGCCAUGAUGGUCAGAAUAAUGAGCCUGGGCAGUAUCAUUGGAACAAUAGAGUAUAUGAGGAUGCAGGUGAAUCGUCACGACCUUAUAAUUUAUCGGAACGGUUGGAGAUACUAUCGAAUCACAAACACAUCGAACAUGAACCUAUCAAUGAGCCAGGUUUGGUGGAAAGAUUGCCUCCUGAAGUACUGCUUGCCAUUUUCUUACAUCUUGAUGACAUUAGCCUAUGGUCGGCAGCAAAUGUUUGUCGACGAUGGUGUGGCCUGCUAUCAACGCACAUCACUCAGUUACAAUGGAAGCAGCAUGUGAAAUUACGCUGGCCUUUGUACAAGCCCAUUGGUUGCAUUAAAAAUUGGUACAAGGUAUAUGACCAUCUGGCCUUUUCUGCUCCAUGUCGGACGUGUUUAGCACAGACCUCCCUGCGAUCGAGACCUGCCAGGAUGGAGGAAAAUUCUUGGCGUAGGAAUAGAUUGCGCAGUGAACUCAAAAGCUUAAGGAUCGAUCCACCUGAAGGCAUUGAGGCGAUGCCUCUUGAUCAUAUGUGUUGUCAUUGGCAAGCUACCAUCACAGGACCGGUAGGAAGUCCAUAUGAAGGAGGAUUAUUUUAUCUAUAUCUACAAGUACCAUUCAGUUAUCCCAUGUGUCCACCCAUAGUAAGAUUUCUAACAAAAAUACUUCACCCAAAUGUAUCGAGACACGGGGACGUUGGCAUUGAUUCAAUACAUCAUAAUUGGUCGCUAGCUCUCACAAUAUCUAAAGUUCUUAUUAGUGUACAAAGUCUGCUUACAGAUCCGUACUGCCAAGUGUGUAUGGAACCAGAAUUAGGAGAAAUGUAUAUGAGUAAUCGCGAAAAAUUCGAGGAGGUAGCGAGGGCAUGGACAUGGAGGUACGCAAUGCACGAUGUCGUAACGCCGUUUUAGUGCACAAAAAUGUAUAUAAAUCACAAUUAAUAUGUGUAAUUAAUG